AUGGACCCCGCAAAGCCCGUUGACCUGCCCGAGAGGCCUAAGGAGGCCGUCGAUCCCACGGCUCCGCCCAAGAAGUCCAAGAGCCAGGAAAAGAAAGAGGCCGCAGCCGCUAAGAAAGCCGCGGCCAAGCUAGCAAACAAGGAUAAGCCCAAAGCAGCUGGAACGCCCAAGGCACCCAAGGCCAAGGAAGCUCCUGCGCCCCGGGAUCCCAAUGCUAUGUUUAAGGUCGGCUUCCUGCACGACGUGUACCAGGAAAAGCCUCUCUCCGAGACCGUCCCCAAGAUCCGCACGCGAUUCCCGCCCGAGCCCAACGGAUUCCUCCACAUUGGUCACAGCAAGGCUAUCGCAAUCAACUUUGGAUUUGCGAAGCACCACGGUGGUGAGUGCAUCCUGCGCUUCGACGACACCAAUCCCGAAGGUGAGGAGGAACGAUACUACAACGCCAUCCGCGAGAUCGUGACAUGGCUCGGCUUCACACCUGUGCGUGAGACCAACGCCAGUGACAACUUCGACCGCCUCUACGAGCUUGCAGAGGAUCUUAUCCAGCGCGAUGGUGCUUACGUUUGCCAUUGUAAUAAGUCCGAGAUCAAGGCCCAGCGUGGUGAGGUCGAGGGUGGCCAGCGUGGUGGAGAACGCUUCUCCUGCAGCCACCGCACACGGCCCAUUGAGGAAUCUUUGGCUGAGUUCCGCGCCAUGCGUGACGGUAAAUACAAGGCCGGUGAGGCAGCACUCCGCAUGAAGCAGGAUAUCACAGACCCGAACCCUCAGAUGUGGGAUCUGUUCGCCUGGCGCAUCAUGACCACCGAGGACAAGCAGCACCACCUCACGGGAGGCAAGUGGAAGAUCUUCCCCACUUAUGACUUCGCCCACUGUUUGUGUGAUUCCAUUGAGGAGAUCUCACACUCUUUGUGCACCACCGAGUUCGAGCUUUCUCGCGUGUCGUACGAGUGGCUCUGCGACAAGCUGGAGGUCUACCGCCCUAACCAGCGCGAGUACGGCCGUCUCAACAUCACCGGCACAGUCCUUUCCAAGCGCAAGAUCAUCCAGCUUGUCAAGGAAGGUCACGUCCGCGACUGGGAUGACCCACGUCUGUACACUCUCAUCGCACUGCGCCGCCGCGGUGUCCCCCCCGGGGCGAUUCUCGCCUUCGUCAACGACCUUGGCGUAACAAAGAACACCACCAACGUCCAGGUCGCCAAGUUCGAGCAGAUCGUCCGCCAGUACUUGGAAACCACCGUCCCCCGUCUGAUGGUCGUCCUCGAACCUCUGAAGGUCAUCAUCGACGAUCUUCCCGAUGGCUACGUCGAGCUGCUCGACUCCCCCUUCUCCCCCAAGGACCCAGCCUUCGGCACCCACAACAUCCCCUUCACGAAGACCGUCUACAUCGAGCGCUCUGAUUUCCGCGCCGUCGACUCCCCAGACUACUUCCGUCUCGCCCCCGGCAAAACCGUCGGCCUCCUCAAAGUCCCCUACCCGAUCACGGCGACCUCCUUCGAGACCGACCCCGCAACCGGCGAAGUCAUCUGCGUGCACGCCAAAUACGAGAAACCCGCCGAAGGCGAAGCCAUCAAGAAACCCAAGUCCUUCAUCCACUGGAUCGGCGAGUCCGCCGCACACAACAGCCCCAUCCGCGCUGAGGUCCGCUCCUUCAACCAGCUCUUCAAGUCCGAGGACCCCUCCGCCCACCCGGCCGGUUUCCUGGCUGAUAUCAACCCGGAUUCCGAGGAGAUCUUCAAAGAUGCGAUGGUUGAGACCGGAUUCCAGGAUAUCUCCCGCUCAGCUCCCUGGCCCAAGGAGGAAGGCGCGACCGAGCCUGGUGAGAACAAGCACUCCAUUCGCUUCCAGGGUAUGCGCGUUGCGUACUUUGCUGUUGACCGUGAGUCCACUGAUGAGAAGCUGGUGCUUAAUCGCAUUGUUACUCUUAAGGAUGCUGGCAAGAACUAG